AUGGAGGCCAGCCGCCCUCCCUCUGUCGAGUCCUCGCGCGCGAACUCCGUCCUCCUCAGAAUCAUUCACUGGGACAAGCUCUUUGAAUGCGACAGCCCUCCGCGGUUAGGAAUUGACGUCAGGAAGCGCAUCCCCUAUGCCACCAUGUCUGCCUUUAUGUCCGGUUCCAUGCUAGGUUACUAUCACGGCAGCAAAAAGGCCGGCUUCGUGUUUCGGGCGGAAAAUGCGCAUCGCUUCCCCACAACCUCGCCAGGGUGGUUCCAGUACCAUAAAUCGAAAAACUACAUUAGUGUGGUGGGAGGUGUCAAGGAUGGCGCGAAGAUGGGAUUGAAGCUUGGUGCUGGUGCACUCACAUUCUGUUUGUUCGAGGAGACGGUGGAUUAUGCCCGACAUGAAGAGAGAGACUUUUUGUCGACGGUCACCGCUGGCUUGUCAUUCUCAGGCAUCUACAGCUUGCUGGCUCGUCACGAUGUCUACACCGCCGCCCGUACUGCAAAGCUUGGAUUGAAACUGAGUCUGACCUAUGGACUUUUGCAAGAUGCCCUUGAGGCGCUCAAGGGAAACCGCCCUGCCUAUAUUGACUUCAUGAUGGGCAAUCGUCGGUCCAAAAUUGAGAAGGAAGGAUCGAUCUGA